AUGCUUGCUCGACUCCGGCGGAAGAGCAAGAACAAUCUUGGAGACCUCGCUUUGUCGUCAAGUGGAAAACCAACACAGGUAAAAUUCAACAUCUACAUAGGACUGCUUCCAUCGUCUCUUCCAAGUGGUGAUAAAGGGGAGCAAUGGACCGGUGAUAUCGGGAAGAAGGAAAACGCUGUUGGGGCGGGGAGAAGUUGCGGCGCAUCGGCGAGUAACAUGGGCAUCCUUAGGGUAAAAGGAUACCGGCAUAUUUUGAUUUUCGUCAGCCUGUUCCGUUUCUUUCUCCUCAAUGUCAUUCCGCCGAAGACUGAAGCAAAAGACGAAGCAUAA